CGAGUAACAGCGCGUCCCCGCAGCUGCACGGCGCUAUUAUAGAUAGUUUAGUAAUCAGAAAUCCCCCUGGGAAUAAAUCCGCGUUAUUACGUACGUAUGGACGUAAAGCAUUUGGAAAAGAUGGAUCCGACCUUGGAGUACAAGUUUCCCGACUUGUUGGAAGCAUAAAAGCGGGUUCCGGUGGUGAUACUUUUUUCUGUCAGGAAGUUUGACGUAUUCGGCUGAAGAUUAUUUCUUACUUUGUUUUGGUUGGGGGAAAGUUUUGGACUGCCUUUGGCCACAGAAACUGUACGACAACUCCGUGACUCUGUCGUUGAGAAAGACUGCAUUUUUUCACACUAAAGUCCGUUUUGGAUCUCGCAUGAAUAGGCUACUUCAGGAACCAUAAUUUAAGGGUCCGAAGCUCUGCGAAGUGUAAACAUCGAUGGAGUGUAUCCAACUUGGUCUCGUUUGGCAUGACAAAUGGAUUUUAGGUGUAUAAUAAACGUAUGCAGGUGUUAUCUGUUCCUGCCGGUGUCAUUUCAGUCAGUGUGAACACCACUGAAUCAAAUUCCCCAAGCUUAUAGGCCAGAGAUAUGCCUUUAUGUGUUCCUAUAUGGUUAUGCUUAGAUCCAUAUUCAAGUUGCAAUACGAUACCCUUACAUGCAAUACAAUAAUAUAAUUAAAGGUAUCUCCACUAGACUAUAUCUAGACUAUUUUGGACUCCAACCUGACAACACAGGGAAGGUAAAUCUGCAAACUUAGCAGGAAGAGAGCUCAAAAUCACGGAAAUCGUAAGUUUUUUUUUCCCUCAGGCGAGCUGAUUCUUACAAAUGGAUUUCAUACAGGCCAUACGGUUAUUGUUACAUCUUGUUCGGUAGUCUUUUGUCAGUAUUACCCUGAAAGUGUUGAAAUAGAGCGUAACCUCCUGAAAAUGUGUUGGAAAUUUAAGUUUUCCAAAGAUCCGAGGCUUCAGCGCAGCAGAAGUUUGUGUUUGGGCCACAGGUGGAGCAGUCUGGUGUAGGCUUUUCCAUCGGAACAUUUUCUCUGUCUGAUGUGACCUGUUUUUGUUUUCACAACCUGGAAAGUAUCCCUUUGUGUGUGCGCUUUUAAUUUUUCCGUUGAAGAACACGAUCCCCUGUUACCUGGGGGGGUCAGCCCCGCCAUGGCGCACCCGCACUCUUGCACACACUCCCCGGUGUGUCGGUGUGACUGAGGGCACCGAUGGACGUGAGCAACGGCGGGACCUACUGCGUCAUCUCUGCGGCGAGGAACCGGUGACCGGAGUCAGCUGCACGCGGGAGAAGCCCGGCCUCGUCCUGACCAAGGUCGUCAAGGCGACAGGCUGUGGGUGGGUUGGCACAGCCGAGAAGUGUCUGAAGACUGGCUUGUAGAUCACGUACGCAAACAUCACCACAAUGAAUGAGAGGCAGGCUCUCCACUCUAUAAUGAAAGACCUGGUUGCCCUCCAGAUGACGCGGCGCCAGCCUGUGUUGUCGUAUGACAGCGGCAAACCCAAGACACCGGCCCAGGCGAACAGACAGGACGAUGUCAGGAUAAAGUUUGAGUUCUCAGGAGAGAGGAGGAUCCUGAUGUUUGGACGGCCUGUGCAGUUUGAGGACGUUCAGCAAAAAGUCAAGGCUGUCUUUGGCCAGCAGCUGGACCUGAAUUAUAUGAACAACGAGUUGUCCAUCCCUCUGCGUGGACAGGAUGAUCUGGACAAGGCAAUCGACCUGCUUGACCGAAGCUCCAACAUGAAGAGCAUCAGGAUCCUGCUGCUCGCUCAGGAGCACAGUAAUGCGUCCUCUCCCUCCCACCAUGUGCCAUGUAAGCAGGUGAGGAUCAAGUCCUCUCAGUCCACUGGAGACGUUAGCACGGGGUACCAACCCUCCGAGCCCAGGGGGCGCCACCUAUCAACUGGUUCUCAGAACACGCCGGGGCGUAGCUCGCCGCCUCCUGGCUAUGUGCCUGAACACCAGCAGAGGAUCGCCCGCCAAGGUUCAUACACCAGCAUAAACAGUGAGGGGGAGUUCAUCCCAGAAACCAGUGAUCAGUGUGUGCUAGAUCCCUGGAGCAGUGCAGAAAACUCUGUCUCUGGAAGCUGUCAGUCUCUGGACAGCAACUCAGAAAGCCCCUCACUGAGGAAGUCUCGCAUGCACAGAGCAAAGAGUUACCCAGAUAAUCGUCAGGAGUGCUCAGACAGGGAGAAUCAUGUGUAUGACAGGGUAGCAGGAAAAGGAGGCACCUAUCCUCGUAGGUACCAUGUCUCUCUGCAUCACAAAGACCACAGUGAAGGCCGUCGAACAUUUCCACGGAUCCGUCGCCCCCAGGGGAACCUGUUUACUCUGGUGCCCUCACGCCGGUCGCUCAACGGCAGUGAAGAUAGUCUCGGUAGCUGGCAGCUGGUCGACGCUCAGGGCAGGCUCCGUCCCCAAGAUCGUUCUGUUGCACAUAAGUCGCCCAGCGCCCCGGUGACAUGGCGGCGGGGGAAGCUUCUGGGUCAGGGAGCAUUUGGUCGGGUUUACCUGUGUUAUGAUGUGGAUACUGGGAGAGAGCUGGCUGCCAAGCAAGUCCAGUUUGAUCCUGAGAGUCCUGAGAAUAGCAAGGAGGUCAGCGCUUUGGAGUGCGAAAUCCAGUUGCUGAAAAAUCUGCAUCACGAGCGCAUUGUUCAGUACUAUGGCUGUCUGAGGGACCACAAUGAAAAGACCCUCACUAUUUUCAUGGAGUACAUGCCAGGGGGUUCAGUCAAAGACCAGCUAAAGGCCUACGGGGCGCUGACAGAAAAUGUGACCCGGAAGUACACAAGACAGAUCCUGGAGGGAAUGUCCUAUCUGCACAGCAACAUGAUCGUACACAGGGACAUCAAAGGUGCCAACAUCCUGCGGGAUUCAGCGGGCAAUGUGAAGCUCGGAGAUUUUGGUGCCAGCAAGAGGCUACAGACCAUCUGCAUGUCUGGCACCGGCAUCCGCUCUGUGACCGGCACCCCCUACUGGAUGAGCCCGGAGGUGAUCAGUGGAGAGGGCUACGGCAGGAAGGCUGAUGUCUGGAGCCUUGGUUGCACGGUGGUGGAGAUGCUCACAGAAAAGCCUCCAUGGGCUGAAUAUGAGGCCAUGGCAGCCAUAUUCAAGAUCGCCACUCAGCCCACCAACCCACUGCUGCCCUCACACACCUCCGACCAGGCACGGGACUUCAUGAGCUGCAUUUUUGUGGAUGCCAAACACAGGCCCAGUGCUGAGGAGCUGCUCAGACAUCCCUUCUCCCAGAUUCUGUGCUGAAACCUGCCUGGUUGCUGAACUUCAACCACGGUGUAGCACAGUAGCCUCAACAGUAUCUGUAGCUUCCUUGGAACCCGUCCAUGGCAGAAAUCUGGACAUGGAACUGGUCUAGAAGUCCAUGUUAAACCCACAGAACCUCUGCUACCGUUCGUGUGCUUCAAGAAGAUUUUGCCUCCUCUCACACAAAUCCAGAAAACAGACAGCAGCAGUCAAUGAUGCCUUGAAAACCAAUGCCGGGAGGCUCUUACAAGAGUCACCACCAGGGGGAAACAAAACACAGAUUAAGUAUCUGGUGGGCUGCUGAUCCUUCUCAGAUACAAACACGCACACACUCCAAAUCCAGCAUCAUUCAAGCCAUGCACCAGUCGUGUCUUCAUAAAGAAUCCUCCCUUGUGUUUACAUGCACUCAUUGGGCAGUUCUGAGAAAUGCCAGGGAGGUGUUUGACAUUUAAACAUUUAGCUGGGCACGUUUUUAAAGCUACAGCAGGCCUAAAGCUAAAGUUUGCCCAGCGGAUGUUGAAAUCCACUGGUGCACAACAGUGUUACUUGGACAGGACUGUUCUUCUUUUUUUUCUCAACUUUAUUUCCUCUUCUUUAUCACUUUGUCUUGUUUUAAACAAAGAAAAUGCCAUCCUUAAACUGUAACUCUGUUAAAAGCUAUUUAAGCUAUUUUUGAUGCACUUUGCAUUUCUGACUACAUGUUUGUGUAGAGUGGGUGAAACACAGAUAAGGUGACGGAGAUAUGUGUAGAGUAGCUACACUGGAGUUUUAUAGAAGAACAUUAUUCAGCUGUUGAAAACAUCAAUAUUAAAUACACCAAGGUUUGUUUUGGUUUCAGACCUUCAGAACUAAGACAUCAUUUAACAUGGCCCAGUAAUCUUACAGGUUGAAAUUAAAGUUAAGAGUCAAAUACACAUAUUUCUCCACUAACAGUACCCUCAAAUGACCAUGAUGCACUGCAGCUACUAGCCCCAGUUUGAAUUUUACCACGUUUUAACACGUUUAAUAUUGCAACUAUAGACAGAUAUAACUGAGGAAAUGUUUUUUUAAAUUUGGUUUACAUUGUUUAUAUUAAGCAAACACAGACUUAAUUUUGGGAUAACAUCUUUGUUUGGAUUUGGAGCAUUGAGAAAAUGGUCAAAAAAAUUUGUUGGAAUGUUUUAAUGAGUAAGGGCAUGCAGUCUACAGCUACUUGGAUAGAAACUACAUAAAUUUGUGCUAUCCAGCUACAAAACCUUAUUUAAAGCUGGCUGCGGGACCGUUACAUAUGAAUGAAAAUCUGUCUGUCAGGUAAUUUAAAAUGUUCUCCACAGAGAAAUCAUUAUCACUAGUCUCUCUACCUGUAAAAGGAACCAGUGGAGUCUGGGCCUGCCUAAAUGCGUUCAGGGAAAUUAAGACAAUCGGUGUAUCUGAGUACAUUAUAGGAAUUUGAAUUGGAUAAUCUACUUCAUAAAUUAUGAGGAUGGCAUGUAACUGCGUAAGAGGAGCUAAGGGUGGAUUUUUCCUUUGAGAUUUUUCCUUUAAAAUAACUCUUCCCAGUCUUGUUCUACCUUUCUCCUAAAUGUGAUUUAUCCUUCUACCAACUGGUGUCCUCUCACAGGUGUUCUCAUACGACAAAAUGCCAAAGAAUAGGCAGAUCAAAUGUUAUGAUAUGGACAUGGUGUCAGUCACAUGUGAAAGUGAAGCAAACACUGCUUUUUAUGGAUGGAAAAUACAAUUUAGAAGUGAUUUCCGUUGCCUGAGCUCUUACUGUUCAUGUGUGUCUGGCCCAAACAUCACUGACUGAGAAGCGUUAGCUUAAGGAUCAAUUUUUAAUCAGAUGCACUUUUAUGUAAAAUGAAUGUUGUGGGGGUUUUUAUUCUCUUCACCAAAUCGGGUUUUGUUUUGUUGUUUUAACUUCAAAUGUGAAAAUUGUUUAAUUUUUAUUUAUACCCACAUGUCCAUUCCAAUUAGAUUUUAUAAGCAAAUAUAUGUGUAUAAAUAUAUUUUUUAUAUUUAGACUGUGUCAAAUUUAAUGAUACUUUGAGGCCUUUGUGCCAUUCGAAGCAAAUCAUUUAAAGCAGCUGGUUUUGCAGACAUUACAGAAUUGGGGUUUAUAAAUGAAAAAUGGGUGGAAAACGAACUCUGGCUGCCUGGUUCUUGUUCCCGCUCAAAAAAAAAACUUUCCACACAUCCUUAGCUAUACAUUUAGAUGACAGUAUUACCUAACAGGUUAUGGAAACUUUGCAUCAUUUACCCAUACUGCUUUGACACAUUGAUAUGCCUCAUGAAUGAAACCUUUACUGGGAGUAUUUUUUUGUGUGAUCUCAGUGUUACUGAAAUGUAAUUAAAGGGUGUGUGUGUGAGCCAAAGAGGAGCAGGAUCGGAGCCAGUGCUGGACUCCAGAAUUCGCUUUUCAACACAGAUGACGACUUUGUUUAUCCCAGGGUUUCAGACAAGAAGUCCAGUAUUGAUUUUGAUGGAUUUUAGGCAAAGGAUUUACUGCUGCCUUAAUGCUAAUAUGAGACAUUUCUAUGGGGCUGCUACAGGCCAAAGGCAGCUAAAAUAUAUUCAGUGUUGAAAAGACAAUGAGAUAAAGAACCCUGUGGUAAGCAAAUGAAUACAAACUAGUUGUUUAGAGAUCUCUAUAUGUAAAUGUAUGAUUAUAUAUCAUGACAGGACUUGCAGUGCAAAGUCUAAUGUAUCAAAUUUAUUUUACAGCAAGAAAAGAAUACUAUGUUUAAUGACAGUGUUUAUAUAUAUAUAUAAAUAAUGUCAUGCUCUCGCUCCAAAACAAAUAAAUUGUUUUUUAAAAGUGUGUCAUAUUGUGGGUUAUACAGACUCAGUGAGUCCCGUAAAUGAAAGGGACACAGGAGACUGAGCUCAUUGUUGGCAGUAAGAAGCUACUUGAUUGAUGCACUCGUUUUUCCUCUUCCUCUAUUUUUGCUCUUUUUCACAUCUCACGAGGAAAAACAGGAUGCAGACACAGGAAGGACAGAUUUCUACAACCGUGUCUGGCUGUGAGAUGGGAAAAACGAUUGUAUUGAACAAAGGGCCUUUUCUUAGAUUGCCGUGGAAUAGAGAUACAUUGCUUUUGAAAGGUUUGGGUUUUAUUACUUUUGUGAAUUUAAUUAAUUCUAGUUUGUCCUCUUUUUUUCACUAUACAAAGGACAUGUUCAAGACUGAAAACACGGUUAUCGUGGAUAAAACCAUUUCAGAAUAUAAACUGAAAACAAAAAAGUCA